AUGACGCCAAUUGCCAGUACGACGUGCCACAUCAUGGCUCGACAACUGGCGGAGGGAGUCGUCCUGAGCAUUCUCCUCCUGGCCACAACGCUGUGCCACGCAUUUAAAGAGGACAAACCUCGAUGGUCACGCCAAAUUCAGAAUCCUGGUUUCACUUCCCCAUCCCAACCCACGGGCAGUGACUGGGUGCCCAUCGCACAGAACUGCCCCACGUGCCAGCCUGGCCAGGAGGAGGCGAAAGAGAGGGCAGGUCGAGUGCUAAACUUCCCAGCGCAACCACCAGAGCAGCAACUCCAGCCAUCAGCAAUCCCCUCGUCACCUUCCGCUCCCUCGGCUCCCCAACAGCCCACCAUUGCCAACCAAUUCUACCAGCCCAAUGAUCUGAAUCACCAGCCCCAGCCUCAAGUGCCGCACUUCAUCCCCACAGCUCCGGCCACCCAGAGAUAUGUCCUCAACCAGGGACAGAGUUUCCACUUCCAUCAUCCUCCGCCGCCUAGCCCCUGA